AAAUUUCAAAUUAUUUGCUCCUCUCUCUCUUUCACUCACCUGACAAUCUGACAUCACCCCACUCUCUUUCUCUCUCUCUAACAUGAUCUUAUCUUAAUAAUUCCUCCAUUUUCAUAUCCUCUUUCUCACCAUAUUUGGCAAAACCUAGAAAAAACCAUCACACACAACGUGUUUCCAAAUCUAACACUUAUAUUUGACUACGAGGUUACUGACUCAGCUAGUACACUCUACUGCAGGGUUUAGGAAGGUGAGACGAGACAACGAUUUCCUCUAUCUCACGAGAUAAAAAGGCUACUUCUACAAAGACCCUAAACUCUAGUGACAUGUAAAGUGUGGUAACAAAAAUCAAGAUUGUGGUUAUAAAAUAAUUUCCCAACAAUGGAAUCUCCUAAUAACAUCUUUGAAUCCAAAGAAGAAUCAGAAAUCUGCAAUCAAAACGCAUCCAAAGGCGGCACCACCAGUUCAGAAUCAACCCCACCAGUCACUCUGGACCUAACUCUGGCCUUCAACCCCCUCAUGAUGCUUGAACAUGCCCCCACAGAAGUUCCACCUUCAGCAACACCGCGUGUUUUCUCCUGCAAUUACUGCCGCCGCAAGUUCUACAGCUCACAGGCAUUGGGAGGUCAUCAAAACGCGCACAAACGAGAAAGAACAAUGGCGAAGAGAGCCAUGAGGAUGGGAAUGUUGUCUGAUAGAUAUCCGAGUUUAGCAUCUUUACCUCUUCAUGGAUCCACAUUUCAGUCGCUGGGUAUUGAGGCUCACGGGUCAUUGCAUCAACCGCGGGUUGUACCUCAACAAACGAGCUUUUACACCAUGACAGGUGGACCAAGAUUCGACCAAACCUAUGUUGGGUUACCAGUGUUCAUGGAGGAAGAUGAACCCGAAAUGUCUUGGCCAGGUAGCUUCAGGCAAAUUAAUAAUGUGGGUGAUUCGAGUAUGGCUCCACCACCGCGUAGAGAUUCAACCGCCACCCCAGAUCUUACUUUGAAACUUUGAGUUUUGCAGUCAAAUAUAUGGUUGCUAGAAUAUCUAUGUUCGGUCUUUAUGUUUAGGCUUGUGAGCAAAUCAAUGUACAGUGAGAUAUGAAGAUCAAUUUGGCUUCAUUUUUGUGGUUAUCCAUAAAUUCUACAAUUAUGCAAUCUGCUGUUAAUUUAUUCCAAUUAGUGAAGUCUUAUGGAUGCAA